AAGAUACUUCGUUGUACUAUGCGUGCUGGUGAUAUUUUUCGCUUUUUUUGUGGUUUCGUACAUGUACAGUGUGUUUAAAGUGUCCUUGCUGGUUCACGUUGUGGGAUCGUUAUAUUUUAGCUGGCUGUUUUGCAUUUAUGACGACUACAGUUUUUUCAUGACAUUGUAUACGUUUCUUUCGUUGAGAAUUCGGUACCUUAAUGUGGCUUUAAUGAAAUACUCCAACAUGAAUCUCGAUUAUGUACCGGAUUUAUUAUUUUUCAAUGGAUUAUUCUGGAAAAGAAGGUUCGACAAAUUAGUCACUUUUCACAAAAGAGCAGGCAAACUCGAGUUCGCUAAAGCUUUCAGAAUAAUUUUUCAUCAAUUCGAUUGCAUUAAUCAAGGCUAUAGAUUUGCCUUAAUGUUAGGAGUUUGGACGAUCGUAGUUGGCACAUUUGUGUCCGUUCAAUCUUUCAUAAUAUACAUAAAGAAUUCGGACACAGACGUUGUGCGAUCAAACGUCGUCACAGGAUGGGCAGUAGGGAAUUGGGUUUAUAUGUUGACCGUGAGUUUACAGACGGAUGUUUUUCGACAACAAAUUGAACAAACACACCUUAUAUGUGCUUACGUACUACUCAAACCUACCAGUCCGCCUGAAACCUUCGAAUUGAUCAAAACUGUGCGUCGUACAUUAGAACUCCGAGAUGGCCGAAGUUCGAUGUAUAGUUUUCGAUUCGACCCCGGCUUGGUGUUCAGCAUAGCGGCUUCAACUUUUGUCUACAUUACAGUACAACUGCAAAUGGCAUUUCCGAAGCUGGAAGAUAUCCGCACAGUGAAUGUGAAGCCUACAUCUAUUUGGACGAACGUAACGGUUCUACCAUAAAAUUGUAUGAAAAUUUUUGAAAAUCAGUUUUCCGUAUUUUAAUCCGCACAAUAAAUUAAUUUACUUACGACAACGACUAUUGAUAGGACUUUAUUUAUUUAUUUCAGUUUCAUUUAUUUAUUUUCAGUGCUAUUUGCUUGUGGUAUAAUAAACGGUCGCUUUCAAUUAUAUUGUUAUUACUGGAUCGGUCAACGUGUACGUUAAUUUAGAGCUAAAUGCGUUCUAUCAGAUAGAAUUUAUCCAUCACAUAGAUUGUUGUUGCUUGACCAAAUUUUAAACCGAACGAUUGAGCUAUUGCAUGCUUUCUGCUGUUACCCUGAUGACGUGAUGGUUGCAAAAUGAGCGGCGUUAUUCAUUUUGUAUUAUGAGCUCUGGUUAUAUACUCCGAAAAAUAAAAUAAAUGCGCGACUUUUAAUGGCACUUGCCAAGGCACUAUAGUACAUUUUUUUUAAAAGAGGGCCGUUCAAAGUCGACACAUUUUGAAAAUUUUAUAUUCAUAGUUUAACAAAUAGUCUUAAUUCUAGAAAACUUGGGGCAGUUGUUUUUGACUUGAUUAUUUUUGACUGUGGUUCUAGAGAUCUUAUUUUCGGUUACGGUUCCAAAGUUUAAAUGAACAAAAAUAAUAAAAAAUAACCACAAUAACCGAAAAAUUGUUACAGUUUGACCAAAUUUCUAGGUUUUUCUUAUGCCCAUAAGUUCCAAACUGCAUGGAUUAGAUUUUUUUCUGAUUGUUUCAUGAUGGUUACAAUCAAUCCUGUCACCCCCUUUCGGCUUGACGUUGAGUUCUAAGACACCCUGUAUAUAUACAUAGAUGAUUCAUUUUAUAGUCUAGAGUUAAUUCUAAAUACACUCUUUUAAUCUUUUUGCAUCACUAGUAAAUAGUGAGAUUAACAAAUAACCUAUAAUACAUUCAUAGAUGUCUAUGGGUUAGUUCGACGAGGACCGUGACCUAAAUCAAUUUAGGUUAGAGCUUCAGAUACCUAAACUCCAUUGAAUUUACGUAUUACGAGUACUAUGUUAUUAACAUAUUACAUAUUGUAUUUGUAUUUGUAUAUUAAGUUACCAAAUGAACAUUGUUAAUAUACAGAGGUACUUUUGUUUUUUCAUAUCGAAUUUUAAGGGUCAGAACCGACUUCCUCGAUCAUAUAUCGUAUAAACAGAAUCUUAGAUGUUUGUUUGUGCGUAACGGAAUUUCCGAACGUAUUUUUUGUCCCUACCUAUUCGCUGGUAGCCUUAUAGGCUAUCCCAUCGCUUCUCGGCCUUUUGGCUUUUGGUACAGAAUCUUAGAACUAAACGAUGAGCCAUCAUUACAUGUUUAGGUAGGUACAAGUUAAAACAACGUUUUAAAUGACCAUUGAUGUACCCGAUAAUUUUUUCCAAGGAUACUUAACCUUCUAUUAAAACGAAUUUCAUAAAGUUUAAUAACAUUAAUCUAUAUAAAGGUGAUUUUAACCAAUGCCAUGAAUGACGUCAUUAAAAUCGAAUACAAGAAUCCAUUUGACAAAGAUCACUUAUUUUCCGCUUUUCGAAAGCAAUUAGUCAGUCAAUCAGUCAGUCGACGUCAAAAAUAUUUUAGUUCGUUGUUCAACGUUUAUUGUUAAAAUUUUGCGUUGCCGUUGUACAAAUUAGUUUAUUCAAAUGAACCUCGCAACUGUGACGUUUUAAAAUUCUACUAUAUAAAUUGUCUGAGUUUGGCAACUCGGAAUAAGUAGUCAGUUGUACAUUCGAUCGUUAGCCUGUAACAUAAAAAUAAUGACGAAAUUAUUGUGCCUUGUUUCGUUCGUUGUACUAUUAGUACAGACGAUUUCCUGUAUUCCAGCUGAUCCUGCAAGUGCACUCAUGGGUGCGGCCUCAGAAAUAAUGAAACCUGCAUCCGCAUUAAAGGGUGCAUUAGACACUGCCAUCGGUUCUACUGCCACACCUUCCACGCCAGCCGCUGCAACUCCGGCAGCCCCAACCUCACCUGCAGCUGCAACCUCACCUACAGCGGCAACCUCACCUGCAGCGGCAACCUCACCCACAGCUGCAACCUCUCCUGCAGCCGGAACCUCCCCAGCAGACGGAACCUCCCCUGCAGCCGGAACCUCCCCUGCAGCCGGAACCUCCCCUGCAGCCGGAACCUCUCCUGCAGACUCACCAAUAUUGAACCCUAUUGGCGCCAUCGCAGAUUUUGCGAAGAAAGUUGGAACGACCUUCUUCGGUUUUUUGGGGCGCUAAGUCGUAAAAACACAACAUUGUAAUGAGACUUACAAACACUUUAAAAAUAACAUUGAGUUUACUUAUAAAUUAUUGUGGCAAUUACUAAAUACAAUACCUAUUUAAAAAUUGCCUUCGGUGCAUAAAUUAAAGUAGUACUAAAAA